UUUGCAGUAAAGCCCUCCUGUCGAAAGACGGCGCUGUUUUUGAGCGCGACAUUAGUUUCUUGCUCUGUGGUAUGUUGCGCUCCCCUGCUAACAGCUAGCAAAAACAUUUGCAAACUUUAGACUAAUAUAACUCACAAUUUUUGCAAUGGAAAGCAGCGAGGAUGACAUAAAAGAGGACGAAACCGAGUGGAAACAACACUUGAUGGAUUCGCCGCUUACCCGUCGAGUUUCUGGAUCGAGCCCCAAUAAGACGCCGGCACCUGCACACAAAGUCAUUUUGCAUUUUGACCUGGAUUGCUUCUAUGCUCAGGUGGAAAUGAUCCGGAACCCAACAUUGAGAGAUGUCCCUCUAGGUAUCCAGCAGAAGUACAUCAUAGUUACAUGCAACUAUGUGGCGAGGCAGCAGGGUGUCACCAAGCUGAUGUCCGUCACCAACGCCAGGGAGAAAUGUCCUCAACUGGUGCUGGUGAAAGGAGAAGACCUGACGCACUACAGAGAAAUGUCCUAUCAAGUGACAGAUCUUCUGCUGUCCUUCUGUCCAUUGGUCGAGAGGCUUGGCUUCGAUGAGAACUUCGUGGACAUCACAGAGAUGAUAGCGAACCGGCUGCCAUGCACGCCAGACUUCUCAUUUGAAGGCCACGUCUAUAGCACUUCAACCAGCAGCGACGACGACGCCCCGGCCGUGCUGCUCUCGUUGGCCAUGAACCUCUUCUCGAAAAUGGUGGACACGGCGGCGCCAUUCCACCUGACCCUCAUUAACGUGUGCUUCAGCAACCUGCCGACCCAAACACCCGCUGCCACCACCAGGGGCUCCAUCACGUCCUUCUUCGCACCCAGUACCUCCCCCCAAACCUCAACUCAAAGCCAGAUUGACUCCUCUAUGAGUGGAAGUGGGGCAGAUGAUCGUCUUGGCUCACCCAGCAUAAUGACUCCCCUCACCCCGGAGAACACCGCAGAGAGCACACCAGGCCGUGAUGCGGCAUCACGCCAGGCCAGACACACACGGAGCGCUUCUGUUUCAGCAGAGGCGUCGCAGCCGGUGUUUUCCGAGUUGCCGGCCAACCUUCAGAUGGAACUUAUGAGAGAGUGGGAGCAGCGGAGGCCAGUUUUGAAGAUCCCUGCCGCUUCCAGGAAGCCUGGGAGAGAAGCCAAAGAUAAGAAAGGCAGCGGAACGGGAAGCCAGGCCAACAGUUUGUUGAAUUAUUUUAAACCCGCUUAGAGAAAACUCCAAAUAUAGUCCAAUGAAUAGGGACUAGGCCCUGCAACGAAUAGGGAGAAUCUGUGUUGACCCCCCUGGAAAGUUUUGUCUUAAGAAGCCAAAAAAUCGUCUAAGCACUAACUCACUUCAAAAUAGUUCCUCAGCACCACGAUGCCACAAGAUUGGGGCAAAGCACUAGUUUUGCGUAACUGAAGCUUCUCAACUCACUUCAAGAUAGUUCCUUGGCACCAAAAUGCCACAAGAUGGUUGCAAAGUCCCACUUUUGUCUAAACAAAGAUCUUCAACUCACUUUAACAUAGUUUCUUCGCAGCACAAUGCCACAAAAUUAAAUUACAUGCAUUUAGAUAGCACUUUUCAUACAUUAAAAUACAGCGUUUUACAGAAAUUAAAACUGACAAAAAAUGACAAGUAUACAACACAAGAUGUAUACCCGAGCCUCCCACUCUCACAUUUAAAUGCAAAGCACAACCACAUGAACAUGCAUACUUAAUAGUGUAUAGACAUGGCAUGGCACUGAGGAUCCGGGUGAGGAAAAACAAACUUGUGUGAGCCAUCCACACUGAAAGGUGCCACCGCCCGCAGCCACAGAGGAUGCCGCUGCAAUGACCACCAUCACUGGGGAAGACCAGGAUGGACUCCCCACAUUGUGCAGAGCGAACCUGUCCCCCGGGCCACGGGGAAACUGCAGAAUGACAUCCCCGUGGGCAGACCAAACACACGUCCCAGCAUGGAGGCUGCAUGAGAAGACACUGGAUUUAAACUUAAAGGUUAAGAAGACUAAAAGACAGUAGUACAGAAUAAAAAAAAACUGAAGGACAGUAAGAAAUGCAAUAAGAUAGGAUAAAAAUGGUCAAAUGAAUAGAUAAUGGAGUAAAUCAGUAAUAAACGAAAUAAUUAAGAAAUCAGUUAACAACCAAACCAAGAAGGUGAGUCUUGAGCCUCCUCUUAAAAACAUCAACAGACUCAAUGGCAAAUUCCAGCAAAGCACUCCUCUUGUCUAAAUAAAGCUUCUCAACUUCAAUGUAGUUACUUGGCACCAAGAUGCCACAAUAUAGAGGCAAAGCACCACUUUUGUAAAAAUUAAACCCCUUCAACGUAGUUCUUUAGCACCACAAUCCCACAAGACAAGCUCCUCAGCUCACUUCAACAUAGCUGUAGUGUGCGGCAAACAGUCCUUUUUUUCUAAAUGAAACUCCUCAAGUCAUUUUAACAUAGUUCCUUUGUACCCAGGUGCCACAAGAUUGUGGUGAAGAACUACCUUUGUCCAAACGAAGCUCCUCAACCGACUUCAACAUAGUUCAUUGGAGGAUCGGUUCCCAGGAAAAAAAAAUCAUUAAAUGUGAGAAUCUGUGGAUGCCGAAUUACAAAUACUGUAUAUCGGGGUAUUGUACACUGGCUUUUUCACAGCAGCUAUUUUGACAUAAGAAAAUGGUGGCUCCAAUUUGUUUUUGAUAAAGAUCUGGAUAAAGGUGUAACGCUCUUGUUUUAUUGCAAUCACUCCUCUAACUUGUAUAAAUGUAGUCAACAGAUUUUUAUUGCAUGAAUGGAACUGGAGCGCGCAGCCAUUUUGACAGACUAGAAGAGUAGAAAGUAGGACACAAAAUUGUGACAGUUGGACCAAGCGAGAUCGAAGUAAUUUUUGGUAAGGGUCUACAUAAAGGCGUGGAACAUCUCUGGCUUUUGAGUUGGUUACACUUCUACCUUGUAAAAAUGUUUUUUUUCUCAGGCAAAACCCGAGGCCAAUUUUUGUGCAAUCGCUAACUGAUUUCUGAUCUUUUCUCUACUUCAUAAUUGCUUGUUUGCUUGUCACCCCUAGGCAGCUCUCUGGUUUUCAUGUUGGUAACACCUGAAUAUAAUGUUAAUGUAGUCUACACAGGCAAACCCAAGGCAGUGUUUAUAAAAUGACUGAUUAGGUUUUCAUCUUUUAUUCUACACAAUUGUUUGUUUUUCCAGCCACGUGCAGCCCAACGGCUUUCAUUUUGGUUGCAGUACUGUUUUUCCACCAUAUUUAACAUUACUUUAAUUGCGAUGAAUGCAAGAAUUGAUCCUCAAAUCUCCUACAAUAACACUGCUUGAUUACUUAAAGUUCAAAAUGACUCUUUUUAUGAGUCAGCUUAGGUUCAUGUGAUGCAUUCUGACCCAAAUUCCUGAUGCAUUGUGCUCGAGCAAAAUCAGGCAACGUUAACUCAUUGGUUCACUUAGCAGUUAUUCUAAUGGUUCCCCAAAGUGACAGUGUGUUUUGUUUUUGCUAUUUUGGACUACCUUUCAUGUUUUUAUAAUCAAUAAAAACAGUUAUUGGACUGAAA